CACACGGCAAUCGACGUGUUAUAGCUGUGGUGUCUUGUUUAAGUAAAAGUAACCUACUAUCAGGUGUUCAGUCGUUUGAGAGCAAGUUUUAUGUUCAAGAAUAAAGAAAGUUAUCACACAAUCGUCAUUGGAUGUAUCUAGCCUAUAUCAAAAGAAAUGACAACAAUAGUUCUUUCAAGUGAAGAUGAAGAUGAUUGCAUCAUCAUUGGUGAGCAGGUGAAUAUUCAGCCUCUCCAAGCUGUUUAUAUCGUUGAAGAUGAAAGUAAACUAAACCUGUUGGCAGAAGACGGGCCCGAAAACUCUAGCAACCAACUCGAAGAUACUAGUAUAAACAUCGACAUUGAAGAGGCUUCCAUACAUAUUUUGCCCAAGACAUUAACAAAUCUACAAUCUGCGGUAGCUGGCGCAAGUGAACUCUCUAGAGAUGCUAUUACAAAUAACGUAGAGACGGAUCAUUACCCCACUAGUUUCUAUGAAGACGAUACUUGUGAUAAGGAUACAUUUGAUGGUUUUAUUAACAAGAGUGUGGAAGAAAACUCGGACAAAAGUGAUAUAAAGCAAAAUCAUAAUCAGGGUUUAAAGAGUUUGGCAGAAGCAUUAACUGUAGUCCAAUCGUUGAACGAAAGUUUAGAGAAACGUAACAAUGAAAAUUUGUUUAGUAUGACUAUUGAUGAAAAACUAAAGACAAAUUUCAAAACAGACUCAGUGAAUAACAACAAUGAGAUCAAUCACAUUUUGGAACCUGCAGAGGUUGUAGAAAGACGACAAAGUUCUGAUAACAUGGAAAACAACCCUAACACAAAACUUUGUUUAAAGAAUCGUGUGACGCUUCUUGAAGACAACCACGAAAAACAACCAUACAAUAGAGAGCCUUAUGAAGAUCAAACUAAAGAAAUCACCGGGACAUCGGAAUUAGAGUAUCUCACACACUCUAAGCCAACAAAGAAAAAAAUAGGUAGAUUGAGAAAACCAAUUAGCCUAAUAUCUGAAAACAUCCAUUCUGUUUCAUCUUUAUGUUCACAAACUCGUCUAGAGUCCGCAACUGGGUCAAACCCGAAUAAGAAAAAACGAGGAAGAAAACUUGGUUGGAGAAAAUACCCUGUUGAUCAAAAAGUGUGUGACGAACAAAUUUGUAAGUCAAGAAGUACAUCGACUAAAACAACUUCAUAUAAUCUGACACCAAUUAACCAAAUAUCCGCCUUUACUGAUUCAUCUUUAUGUUCACAAUCUCGUCUAGGGUCCGCAUCUGAGUCAACACCGAAUAAGAAAAAAAGAGGAAGGAAACUUGGUUGGAGGAAAUACCCUGUUGAUCAAAAGUUUUGUGAUGAACAAAUUUCUAAGUCAAAAAGUACAUCGACCAAAACAACUUCAGAUACUCUAACACCAAAUGAACAAUUAUCUGAAAACAUCCCUGCUGGUCCAUCUUUAUGUUCACAAACUCUUCUAGGAUCUGCAACUGAGUCAAACCCGAGUAAGAAAAAAAGAGGAAGGAAACUUGGUUGGAGGAAAUACCCUGUUGAUCAAAAGUUGUGUGAUGAACAAAUUUCUAAGUCAAAAAGUACAUCGACCAAAACAACUUCAGAUACUCUAACACCAAAUGAACAAUUAUCUGAAAACAUCCCUGCUGGUCCAUCUUUAUGUUCACAAACUCUUCUAGGAUCUGCAACUGAGUCAAACCCGAGUAAGAAAAAACGAGGAAGGAAACUUGGUUGGAGUAAAUACUCUGUUGAUCAAAAUGUGUGUGAUGAACAAAUUUAUAAGUCAAAAAGUACAUUCACCAAAACUACUCCAGACACUCUACUAAAUAUAGAUCAAUCCAGUAUUAAUACGGAUUUAGAUUUGAUCAGCUUAAAUAUUGUACCACAACAUGAUAUUAAUAAAUGUUCCAAAAAUCCAAGAAUUGAGAAAAAUAUAAAGCAAAGAUUACCUAUAAUCAACACACCACCAAGUAUAACAGAUAGUGCAGACCAAACUUCUUUGAUUCCAAACGAAAUGCUGCCCCUUUACUACAACAGAAUCGUUGAUCCAAAUAUUAUUAUUCUAAUUAAUAAACUAGCGGAAAUACUUGAUGUAACUAUGAAGGAAGCUGAACAAUGCUCAAUUCGAAUUGCCACAGCUAGGAAAGACUCUUGCGAUCUAUCUAGGGAAAACAAAAUAACCGCUGCAAAGGCACGCUUAAAAAUGUUUAUUAUUUUACACAGAAUUUCUUUUUGUGCAAUCUUUGAUGACACUCUUACAAACUUAUUUUUGACUGAAAACAUGACUGAUCAACAUGCAGAUUUGCUCCUUGUUCUUUUUCUUAAAAUAUUUUUAAGAGUUACUACGCUUACUCCCAAAUAUUUAGAUUCAUUAAGUUUAGCUAGAUGGUCAUUCACUAGUCUGUUGCACGAAUAUGUAUCAACAGUAACUCCUCCUAUAUCCAGGAUACUCCAUGAAACAUUUUGGCAAAGUAAAAAUAAUUUUGAAAGAAGCUGCUUGGAUAUAUUAGAUUCAUUCCUGAAAGAUAUACCUGACCAAAUUGAUUCUGUUAGUACUCCAAAAGGCAAAAGUGAUGUAGCCACUCUUCAAACAAUACGUACAAAGUCUGUUAGCAAGGGCCUUGACGAUGUACUGGAAACUCUGCCUGCAACCAAUAACAAGAGUGUAGAAGUGUCAGUAAUUGUCAAGAAUUCGAAUCAUAAUGUACAGGAACACCAUCAGUCACAAAAUGGUGAGAGGAAACUGUUUCUUUUAAGUCAAAACAUGGACUUAAAUAGUACAUCAAGUAUUCAUUUUGAGAAGUUAACUGCCAAAUUGAAAGAUAAAAUUGUUGAUUAUUCUAGCUCAAGUACAUCCGUCUCAAAUGGCCACUGCAAAGAGUUCAGUGAUACGUGUAACCAGAUAAUUGAUGCUAAUAAUGUGUUGUUGAAUCAUCAGAAUAGGCAGACCACUCUCGGUGGAUUGGAAUUCAAUCCACAGGUAGUGCGGGAAGAAAACACGGUUGUCAGUAAUAUAGGUGUAAAGAGGAAACAUGUUGAUGCGGAAAAACAUGUACUACAAAAGCCAAAUGCUUCGAAAAAUUUUCAAUCUUCAAGUAAAAGUGUCUGUGUUCAGCAACCUGCGUUGGAUGUCCAAUCUUCAAACCCCAUUAGUUUUUCUCUUCAAAGAACACCUUAUUCAAAGCUCCAAACAAAAGGACAAGACAUAAAUCCUUCAAAUCAAGAGCUUAUUUACUCAAAUAAGUAUUCGGAAUGCAACAGAGUACCUAGUAACCAUACAAUACAUUGUUUAAACAUGCCAAAUACAUUUAAUUAUGCAGUAUCUCAAUCCCAAACAACCCAGACAUCAUCAAUCAACCAAGCUACGCGAUCUUCGGCAUUUACUUCAACAAACAAUAUGCCUACUACUGCUCAUCUCAAUGGAUCUUUUGAUAGUACCGACAAAAUGCGUACUUUGCCUUUGCAACGCCAUCAGUAUAAUAGCCAAUAUUACAAUACAUAUCAAACUGUAGGCCAACAAAGGCCUGAUUUUAAUCAAGCACAAAGUUAUCCUUUUGUAUAUGGGCAAAAUUUUAGUUACCAAAGGUAUAUGCAUCCGCAUUAUUUUCCAUAUGACAGAUCAGCAAAUCAACAGACGAACAGUUGGCCCGACGCUUUGACUCUAAGACAUCAAUACGCAAGUGAUUUCUCUAGUCUCUAUUCUUCUACUCCAGGCGAACUAAACAAAGCCCAGGGUUCCUAUGGAAUCAAUCAUUUCACAACCAUGCCAGACAAUUCAUCAACCUACCAUCAAGUCCAAAGUAUCCAUGGUAAUCCUAGGGUAACUAUUAACAAUUACAACAUAAACAACUUUGUUCCUCCCACAGUGCCAGAUCAUAUUUCACAGAAUUUGAAGUCUGAUGCAUUUGAUCGUAGUCCUAAUCAUUUCACUACUAGUUACGGCACAAUGUGACUAGCACAUUUAAGUCCUAAAAAGUAACGUAACUUAGCAUGGGAAAGGGGUUUUUAGAAUCACAAAACAAAUUCAAAAUUAAAGAGUCAAUGGAGAUUUGUAAAAGAAAAAGUUACAUAAAAAUCCAAAUCAUGUAGAUAUGUGUAUGAAUAUAAUAAAUGUAGUGUAACAAUUGUUAUGAAUUUAAAUUGUGAAUACGUGUAAUUUCAUUGAGUUUCAGUUCAUUCCGGUGUUCGUGACAUGCUCUGUUGUGUAAGAGAGUUUCACAAAAUUAAUUCUAUGUGAGAACUAAGAUGCUAAUGUUAUUAAUCCAGUAAUGUGAAAUUUAUGCUGGAACCUUUACUCCCUUAGUUUUUACUGUAAUCUCUGAAGGUAGCAGAGGUUAGAUGCAAGAUAUAUACAUAAUAAUUAUAUUUCAAAUAAGUCAAAGGUUGUUUAUAAUAAAUAUUUUAUUUGUUAUCAAUACUAAAUAUUUGGAAAUACUUUUUGAAAAAAUAGAAUAAUCAUACCUAUAGGUAUAAAUGCUAUAUAUAAAUGCUGAUCUGUUACGAUACUCUGCAAGUAAAUUGAAUUGGCCUCAUAUCAGGGCCCUUUUAUACUUUCAUAGUACACUGAGCAUUUUUUUAUUUAAUAUCUUUUACUAUUAAUACAACAACUUCUGUAUCCAAUAGUCAAUGAUAAUAGCCACUUAAAUCACAAUUUAUAAGUAAGCUUACUGUAUAUCUGAUUUUUGGGCCAAACGCGCAAAAUUUAAACAAUAAGAUUUGAACAAUUCAUUUUGUACCUAAUAUCACUAAAUUCACGCCUUCAUUUUACCCAUUUAAUAUUGCUUUUGUUAAAAAUGUUAAUGCACAGUACUUGAUAAUUAUAAAAUUCAUUGUUAGGUAUGUCCAAAAUUUGUUAUUACAGGUGCUAUGACAGAAAAUUUGGAACACUGUGAUGGAUUAAAACCAACUGUAAUAGAGCCGUUUUGUAUAUUUCCCAUCAAUAGGCAAGCAUGUUUCUUGAAAAACUUUUUUCUCAGCUCGUGUGCAUCACAGGGAAAAUUCAUGCAUACUGUUAGAAAGAUGUUUCCUGUAGACUGUAGAUGUGCAGAAUCCCUUUACAAAUUAAAAUAGGCAAAAAAAGCAAAAGAAUUUAAAAAAAAUCAUGGGUAUUGUACCAUGCUGGUGACGAAAUAACAACAAAAUCUAAACAUAAAGUAAAAAAAUGCAAGAAAUUCCAAUCACACAUUUUAUUCCCAGCAUGGGGUGAAAAUAGAGAAGUCUGUACAUUACAUGUUUUUGGUCGAGUUUUCAACCACUGGACGACCUUUAGUUUCUUAUUUCCCUAAGACUGCUUGGUUUUCUAUAUAAUUUAGUAUGUAUCACGUAGCAAUAAGACAGCAAUAAGUAAAAUCAGACGCAUUAAGAUAAUCUACGCAUCCGCGCAAAUCAGUUUUAGCCGCGCAAAAUUAUAAUUUGUUGAAUAAAGAAUUUAUUUCCUGAGCUACGGUUGUUUCGGGACCAGGAAUCAUAAUUAUUGAUUUUGUACUGUUAAAUGUAUAUAAUAUAUUGCAUUGUAUUGUAACAUAUGACUUAUUUUAGCUACAAUAACGACAUAAACAUAUAAAAGUCAGGAGGAAUCAACAACCACUUUGUUGGAAUGAAUGACUGAAAAAGUGAUUUUUAUAACGUGUAUAGUUGAUUUUACUUAGCACUUAUACAACAAUCGUCAUGCAGACUGUCUUUUUCGGCUGGUUUACCUGGUCAGCACUUAACAUACAGUAAUAUAUAGUCAAUGGUAAUACUACUAAUAACAUCAAUACAGUAAUAAUGAUAUGAAGUAAACUUCACAGACGAAACAAAUUUAUAAAACAAUACAUUUUUUCUUACAAUCUACACAAAAUAAUAUUUAAA